AUGUCUAUCAUUUUCCUCUCGCUCUCUUUAUAUUCGAUCGCUUUUCUCUCUCUCUCUCUCUCUCUCUCUCUCUCUCUCUCUCUCUCUCUUAUAUAUAUAUAUUCUCACACCUGCUUUCCCUCCUCUCUCUCAACUUCAACCCUACCGUUUUCAUUUUCAACAUCCCUUUCUCACCCUCUCGCUCUCCUACUAUCUAUCUAUCUAUCUAUCUAUCUAUCUAUCUAUCUAUCCUUUCUGUUUUCCCUCCUCUCUCUCUCUCUAUCUCCCACUUUCACCCUCCCUCACUUAGCUUCAAUUUUAUCCUUUUUCAUUGUCAGCAUUUCGUUCUCUCUCUCACACACACACCCACUCACUCUCUCUCGCUCAUUCUCUUUCUCUCCUUCACUGCUUCGAUCCCCAUCAGAUAUCAUUUUGCCAAAGGCAUUAUUUAAAUCUCACUCCUUUUUUUUUUUUUGGUUUCUCUCUUUUUAUAUCUCUGAUUUUACCUCUUUUUAA